AUGCUUUCAUUUUGUUCUUUUUUCUUUUUUGAAUAUUUCUUUUACUUUCACUUUGUCUUUCACUUUUUUACAUAUGUAACUUUCACUUUUUGUUUCACUUUCUUCUUUACAUGUUACUUUCACUUUCUGCUUGUCAACUUCAUUAUCUCUCUUUUUCCUCAGUUGAUCCAUAUAUAUCACCACUUUUUCUGCUACUUUCUUAACACAUUUUCCUUCUUUUUACACUUUAUGCUUGUCCUCCCACCAUGCCUCACUCACCCAGCAAACAAGCCUCUAUUCGACCCCCACCUCCUUCUUCAGCUUCCCAGCAUCCCAGCACCUCUUGGUCUUAACUUCUUUCUCUCUCCUUCAUUUACUUUUAUGUCCCGGGCUGCGGUUCUCUUGUGGACUGGAACUGAUCCUUCUCUCUCCCUGGAACUAUUAGACUAUUUGUCUUUCUUACUCUAUCCUUUUCUUCUUUCCUAUUCUUCUUUACUUUCUUUUCUUCUUUCCUAUUCUUCAUUACUUUCUUUUAUUUUGAUCUUUACCAUUUUUCUCUGUCUCUAUUUUUUCUUCUUUCUUUUUCUUCACUUCAUUUUUUUCUCUCUUUGUCGCAUUCAUAUUUUGAUUUAUCUCCUUUCUCUCACUUUUACUAUCUUCUUUAUCCUCUUCUUUUUUGUAUUUCUUUUUAAUGUGUAUAACCCACCUCUCUUUGUCCUUCACUUUGUCUAUUACCUUCUCUUCUCUUUCAAUCUCUUUUCCUGA